GCCUGUUUGUCCCCAGCAGCCCCGACCAGAGAGAGAGAGAGAGAGAGGAAGAGAGAGGGAGCAGGUCUGCGGGAGCUCUCACGCCUCUAACCGCCUUUUGUGAGAGUUCCAGCGGGCUGUGAGUGAGACUGACCCGGCCUGAGCCGCCGUCCGCCCCGCAUGGCUCCGGAUUCGCUGCGAACUUCACCGUAGAGCCUUGUGGAGGAGCAGCAGGAGCAGGAGGAGCAGGAGGAGGUGGAGGAGGAGGCUGGAUUAUUACACACCGCACACACAUACACAAAAGCCCAGUGGACAAACAGCGUCCCGGAGCCCGGGCCUGGCCGCGGGUCCUGGUUUUACGCAGCGCUUCUGGAACUUGUGUUUUAAAUGUUGGAGGAGGAUCCGGACGGCAGCAGGACAGAACCCGGCGGCGCAGAGACCGUCUCCGACCCGAGGGAAUGAUGUGGCUCUCCGGGCUGACUGCUGCACUUCUGCUGGGAACUUUGUGUGCAGGACUGAGCCACGGGGAGGCCGACACCACCGAGUGUUUGUACUACAAUGUCAACUACGAGAUCGAGAAGACCAAUCAGAGUGGGGUGGAGCGCUGCGAGGGCGAGAAGGACAAACGCUCGCACUGCUACGCCUCCUGGAGGAACAGCUCGGGCUCCAUCGAGCUGGUGAAGAAGGGCUGCUGGCUGGACGACUUCAACUGCUACGACCGGCAGGAGUGUGUGGCCACAGAGGAGAGUCCGCAGGUCUUCUUCUGCUGCUGUGAAGGAAACUUCUGCAACGAGAAGUUCACACACCUGCCUGAUGUCACCGGACCACUGAUCAAAGCCCCGCCCCCCAGCAUUGGUGCAUUGAAUGUGCUGGUUUACUGCCUGCUGCCCGUCACCAUGCUGUCCGUGGCUCUGCUCACCGCCGUCUGGCUGUACCGACACCGGAAACCUCCGUACGGACAUGUGGACAUCACUGAGGAUCCUGGACUUCCUCCUGGCUCCCCCCUGCUGGGUCUCAAGCCCCUGCAGCUGCUGGAGGUGAAGGCCCGAGGGCGCUUUGGCUGCGUCUGGAAGGGCCAGAUGAUGAACGAAUACGUGGCCGUCAAGAUCUUCCCCAUCCAGAACAAAGAGUCGUGGCAGAACGAGAGAGAUGUGUUCGUCACUCCAGGCAUGAGGCACGACAACAUCCUGAGGUUCAUUGCUGCAGAGAGACGAGGGAGUCACCUGGAGGCCGAGCUGUGGCUCAUCACCGAGUUCCAUGAGAGGGGCUCUCUGUCAGACUUCCUGAAGGGAAACAUCAUCAGCUGGACCGAGUUGUGCCACAUAGCCGAGUCGAUGGCGUGCGGCCUGGCGUACCUUCAUGAAGACAUCCCCCGACAGAAGGGGGAGGGGCCCAAACCGGCCAUCGCUCACAGGGAUUUUAAGAGUAAGAACAUCAUGAUGCGUUCUGACCUCACAGCCGUCAUCGGCGACUUCGGCCUCGCUGUUCGCUUCGAGCCGGGGACGUCUCCUGGAGAGACACAUGGACAGGUGGGGACCAGGCGCUACAUGGCCCCGGAGGUUUUAGAAGGAGCCAUCAACUUCCAGCGAGACGCCUUCCUCCGAAUCGACAUGUACGCCGUCGGUCUGGUGCUGUGGGAGCUGGUGUCCCGCUGCAAAGCUGCUGAUGGUCCGGUGCCAGAGUACAUGCUGCCGUUUGAGGAGGAGGUCGGUCAGCAUCCGUCACUGGAGGACCUGCAGGACGUCGUCGUCCACAAGAAGCUGAGGCCGGUGUUGAAGGACCUCUGGCUCAAACACAGCGGUUUGGCUCAGAUCUGUGAGACGGUGGAGGAGUGCUGGGAUCACGACGCCGAGGCUCGACUGUCGGCCGGCUGCGUGGAGGAAAGGAUCGCUCAGGCCCGCCGCCUCACCGCCACCAUCGCCCCGCCUACCUCCGACCACAACGCCCUGACGGUGUCCACGCUCGCACCUGUUCCCAUGGUAACUAAUGUGGACCUACCGCCCAAAGAGUCCAGUAUAUGAGGAGGAGUCACAAACAGACUAGUUCUGGAGGCCUGAUGUUACCGGUUACUUUCCUGAAGUUUGGUUCAACUUCCUGUGAAGACAACCGACUGACACACACACACACACACACGCACACGCACACACACACACACACACACACACACACACACACACCAUCUUUCUCAGUGGAAUUGUACAACCUACACCAGAACCACGGCGGCUGCUAUUUGAGCUCUUUGGACUUUUUGGAAUCUUCGGUUCUUUGAUUCUUCGUCCGUUUGGACAAAUUUACCAGCACACGUCCUCGUUUCUCUCAAGUUCCCGUCUGUCUUGAGUCAUACGUGUCUUCUUUUUGUUUUUUUAACCGUGUGUUUGUGUGUGUGUGUUUUGUGAGAAGAACGAACACACACACACACACACACACACACACACACACACACAGAGGAACCCAACACUGAAACGCAUCCAGGUCCCGACUCAGUGAAUGCUCUUGAUCUCCAGGUACCUCAGCCGCCGCUUUCAUUACUUUUGUACCAUGUUUUUGUGCGUUCUUCGCUCUGCCGUCUUCUCCUCCUCCAGAACCGGACUUAUCCACCUACCUGGCAAUUUUUGCAACCGCGCACCUCCCAUCAGCCCGGCGCCGGCAUGUCUUUUUACUUCAAUGCUGCAGAACUCUGGUAGGAACGCUGACUGUUACUCACCAACACCGACAGCAAACAUGACAACAUUUGUUUUUCUACUUUUUUUUCGGACUCUUAUUUUCUAUUCUUCUCCUGCGACCCCACGCCACUAUUCACACACGACAAACCUUCGGAUCCAACGGGUUGUAUCCAAAAAGACAGGAAACAGGAAGUGAGGUCAGAUGGAACGAUGUGGAGGACGAACGAGGACUGGACGCUUUUAAAGUCAAGGUUUCUUUUCUUUGUGUUCAACGGCUCUCGUUUGAGAUUGAAGACCGAGAGAAGUCCGAUACGACUAAUUUUCAGGAACCAGGAAGCAAACGUCUUGCAUGCAGAGAUUUGAUUGGCUGACUGCGCUCAACCACAGCAUUUGGUUGGCUCGGAGAUAAAACUUCUCAGGUAACCAUGUCUACAGGGGGCGGAGCAGGCCGGCCACAAGGUUCCACUGUAUGGAGGGGCGGGGCCAGUGACGUAUGGGAGGGGGUUAUCUGAGGGUGCUCAAAGCCUAUUGGCUAUCCUGAAUAUGUAAAUUUGCAAGGUGCCCAAAUGCAGGGAAACAUGUUACCCUGAAAAGGUGCAAGACCUCAUGAUGCAGAGAUGCAUUCAGGUCAGAGUGUGUGUGUGUGUGUGUGUGUGUGUGUGUGUGUGUGUGUGUGUGUGUGUGUCUGUCUGCAUGUGGGUGUGUGUGUGUGUGUGUGUGUGUGUGUGUGUAAUGUCAUGUGGUGUGACAGUUUCCUUUGUUGUAGUUUUGGUUUUCUGCUGAUGUUUCAUGUCGUCGGUCUCAGCUGGAGGAGGUGAGUGACCUCUGACCUUUAACCUCCUCAGGUCUGCUCCCCUCUAACGUCGCCGCCUGCUGGUGGAGCAGCAGCACUGCAGGAGUCUGAGGCCUCGAUUAUAGAUUUAAACCAGAGCCGCGGCCUCAGAUCAACUCUGAUCGUGAGCUUGACGUCCGAUACUGUAAAGGUGCGGAGCGUAAAAAACUAUAAAAACGUGUUCUCAGAAUCAUUUUUAACUUCCUGUCAUCAAACUCUAAAGCUGAUCCUCCCGCCUGGUGAGUUUCUCUCAAACAUUGCAGCACAAAAGAGGGUUUGUCAGGACCUGAUAGACCGAACGCUCCUCGUCAGCAGCACAUAAACAGAAAACGUGAUUAAUUUAGAUUAAUUAGAUUAUUUUUCAUUCUGGUCUGCAGAGGUCACAGGCUGCCGAGGUUAAAGGUCAUCUGUCACCUCUCUGUCUUUUGUUUUUUUUCUUCAACCGGGACCAAAACCGCGGCGUCUGUCUGUCGCCUCAGAAUCUGGUCACAAAGAGUCCAGUUAACUCACUUCAUCCGUUGUGUUCGAGCACAAGCGAUGAAACACAAACGAGUGUCUGUUGUGUUCAUAGUUUUGUGCGUAUGUUGUUGUGUUUGUUCCUUCUGUGAUGCCAUACCUGUAACAGUGAAUGUCUACGAUGCUGCUGCUGACGAUGAUGACGACCAUGAUGAGGAUGACUCAGACUCAAAGAUGAAUAUAUUUCUGUAUAUUCCUUUUUAUUGUUCAUUUGACCGGUGCAUUGAACACAUGCAACUCUCCGUCUCUGUACGAAGUCAGUGAAGCGCGAUGAGGCGUUCAAGGAGCGUCCGGCGUUCAGCCGAUGUGCGUAAGAGAGAGAAAGAGCGAGAGAGCGACAUUGACUGGAAAAUAUACUGAACGUGAAAACAAUACUGCUCAUGAACCACAGAUCACCUCAGUACACCACAGAUACCUCAGAAGACUUUUCUACGUGUUAAAGUUCAGUUUUAUAUUUUAUUAGACGUCGACUCGUAGUCACAUGAUAUUUUAUUGUGAACUUUUUAUUCUUUGUUUUCUUUGAUUCGAGACGUUCAUCCUGUUUUUACAUGAAAUCUCCAAACUGAUUAAAAAAGAAAUGCUACCAGGUCACCGCGAGCCCGCGACCUUCACCGUGUACAUAGUGAAUAAAGUUUUGUUUUUUAGACUGAAUGAACUGCCGAUAUCAUAAAAGCACCUGGACUGAGCUCGACUGUUUCCAUCCGUCUCCUACUCCCUUCACCUCCGUUCUCAGCCUCUCCACUCGUCCUUAUUCUUCUUCUCUUCUUUGACUUAACUUCACCUUUUAAAAUGUUUUCUUGCCUCCUUUUCUAUCCUCUCUUCUUCCUUUUUCCUCCUCACAUCUGCUUGUUUUUUUUAUCUCCUCUCUACUCGUUUCCUCCUCUUUCGUCUUCCAGUUACAUCUUUCCUUCCCUCCCACCUCCUCCCCACGUUCCUUUCCUCCUCCACUCUUUCCUCCGUCCUUCUGACCUUUCCUCCAUCUCUUCUCCGUCUUUCUUCACAUCUCUUUGUUGUGUUGAAGUUUUCUGAUGUUGUGCCUUUUUUGAUCUCAUCUCUUGAGCUUCCUUCUUCUCGUCCAUCCUGUCCUUCCUAUGAAUGUAAAUAAAGUUUUCCUAAAUAUCACACCAGAGUAUAUUUGUAUCAAAAUACAUUUAGAAUAUCGAUCCCACUAAAAGAGAUUAAACACAAAUCUGAAGAAAUGUCAACAGGUGAAAUAUUCCAGAUGUAUUUUGGAUGUGUGUCCAGGUGUGCUCUCGAUGUGACGAUAACCUUCUCAGACAAACAGCUGACCUGACAGACUGACUCAGAUCCAGGUGUUUCCAGGUGUUUUCAGGAACAUAUUACCUCAUUAAAGCCACUCGGGCAGAAACAGUAUGCGAGGAGCGACGGGCGACAUUAUCGUUCAGGUCCGGGGAAGCAAACGGGCUCAUCGUCACAAGCACGGGUCAGAAACCAAAUGACUGAAACCAAGACGUCAACCAGAAACGUAUCACGCUGUGGGCGGGGUCAACAUUCAGCAUUUAGUGAUCAGAGGUACACUUAGCAUUGUUAGCAUCCCACAGUGAAACAAAUGGAAUAUCUGGCUACAAAGAGAAGGUGUCGCUAACGACGCAGCAGCGCUCAUUUUAAUUAACCCAAGUGCCGACACAGCAGAUCCGUCCGCCUCACGAUGAGAGGAUCAAACUGAGCAGAGCAACAACCAUCUCAAUCAAAUGUCGACUCAUAUCAAUAAAACUCCAACCCCACGUUAGCAUGUCAUCUGUUAGCUCAUACUGUUAGCGCUGAGCUACCUUUGUAACUUCAUGGUGACUAAAUAAACGUGAGCUCAGACGGUUUAUCGUGGAGGAAACGGACGACUUUAAGAUUAAUGUCAACAUGGCAGCACGUCCACGUCCUCUGGCUCAACUCACCGCUGAACUCUGUGUCAGCUGAUGGUUUAUGGGAAGACAGUGAAUUUUGAGGAAAACUGUAUAAUUAUGAGAAUAAAUUUACAAGAAGAGUUCUGAUUAAUUCAGAACUAUCAGAAAAGGUCAGAAUUGUGAUUUUAAACUCAGAGUUACGAAUGAACAUAUUGAUUAUGUCAGAAUUAUAAAAACAGAGUGUGAACACAUGAACAUGAUGGAUCUUCUGAAAACGUUUCUGACACAACGAGGUAGCGGUGGAGUUGUUUAGCCUCGAUGCUAACCAGCAGGAGGAUGCAGCGAGCGGCUCCCAGGUCUCUGCUGUUGCGGCAUUUUCAAAUUGAAAGUCACUAUUUGAAGGCUUGUUUCCACUUAUUGUGCAGGUGGUGC